GAGGGACUCCAUACGACGUCUUUCCGACCUGUCCUCCCUCCAGGUGCUCCCCGACACGGUGCGCUUCAAUGCCACAGCGGCGGCAUGUGCUGAAGCCGCAGAGGUGAGGUCUCCGCCAGAUGUGCUGAGCUUCGGCGGGGCGUUGAAGGCCUGUAGACAAGGUGGUCACUGGCAGCCGGCCGUCCAUCUGCUUUCAAUGAUGGACACAGAAGGAAUUGUGCCAAACCUCAUCACUGUCAGCACUUCUACCAGCGCAUGUGGGCAUCUGGAGCAGUGGACGCUGGCUUUACAGCUGUUUGCUGGUCACCCUUCUGCUGACCUCGUUCUCUACAACUCAACCAUCAGCGCUUGCGAGAAGGGUGCACAGUGGCCCUUUGCUUUGCAGCUGCUGGUGGACAUGCCGAUGGUCAGAGCCACACCCAACCAGGUCAGCUGCAGCACGGGCAUCACGGCAUGUGAAGCUUCUUCUCGUCCGGCAAGUUUUCAAUUUUCAAUCCCAGAGGGUCCAUAUACAUUACCAUUAUGGAAUUAG